CAUGCGCGCCGGAGUGAACGCAGCAAUCAGUCAGUCAGAAUCUUCGAAGAAAAGCAACACAAGAGGAGCAGCGGAGGCAGCAGCAGCAUGGCCGGACACACGGAGAGCGCACACACCGCCACGGCCCCGCACGCGCUGCUGCAGGGACCGGGGCCUUAAAAUCACACACUCUGUUUAUUUAUUCCUCUCCUUUUUAUCUGUCUUUUGUUUCUUUUUGCGAACCAAAGCGAUUGGAUACAUUUAGAAAAAAAAUAUUUUUUGUUAAUAUUUUUAAUCAUUCUGGAUGCUGGAAUUUUUUCUUUCUUAUCUUCUUUAAAAUGCCAAACCAAAGAGAACGGAAAAUAAAUUAAAAAUCUUUAAGACUUUUUAUUAUCUGAAAUAAAAAGAGGCCUCGCCAUAAAAAAAAAAAACAAUUAAAAAAAUAAUAAAAAUCCAGAGAAGGGGGCUAUACAGGAUAAGGAGGCGAAGGAGGAUAAACUUUUAAGCACGUGAGGAACUUUUGACUCUUUGGCGAGCAGAUAGAUGAUUUGUCUACGAGCUCUCGCGCACGAUGAACGCGCAGCUGUCGAUGGAGAGCCUGGGCGAUCUGCACGGCGCGAGCCAUGAGUCGCCGGUGGCGGCGGCCCACGCGCGCUCCGCGGUGGGCAUGGCAUCAAUCCUAGAGAGCGGGGACUAUCCUCAUCAUGCUCAUCCGCACCAUCCUCAUCCUCAUCAUCCGCACGCUCAUCCGCAUCCUCAUCAGCACCGCCCCCCGGAGCACGCAGGUCUUGCUGGCCACCUGCACGCGGCGAUGAGCGGCGCCAUGGCGUGCGAGGCGACCGCCGGUAUGGGCAUGAGCGGCACCUAUACCACGCUCACGCCGCUGCAGCCUUUACCUCCCAUCUCCACAGUGUCCGACAAGUUUCCUCAUCAUCCUCAUGCUCACGCUCAUCCUCACCAGAGGAUCGCGGGAAACGUCAGCGGGAGCUUCACGCUCAUGCGGGACGAGCGCGCGCUGGCCUCCGUCAACAACCUCUAUGCGCCCUACCACAAGGACGUGGCGAGCAUGGGCGCCAUCCACGGCUCCCAGCAUGCACUACCCCCACCACCGCCGCCGCCUUACACCCACGAAAAGAUGCUCGCGCCCGCCGGAUUUGAGUCCCAUCACCCCUCCAUGCACGCGAGCAGCGUCACUUCGUCCACCUCGUCCUCGUCUUCAUCCUCGUCCUCCUCCCCGGCGACGGGCAUGAUGGUGCAAAUCAAUGGCAUCCAUCACCACCACCACCACCACCAGCACCACCAUCACCCUCAUCAUCCGCACGCACACCUGAGUGCGCAGGGACACCACCACCACCACCACGCGCAGGGAGCUCUCGGUGCCGCGCGAGACCGGGAGCACGCGACGCCAGUGGAGGAAGUGAACACCAAAGAGGUGGCGCAAAGGAUCACCACGGAGCUGAAGCGCUACAGCAUCCCACAGGCCAUCUUCGCUCAGCGCGUGCUGUGCCGAUCGCAGGGAACUCUGUCUGACCUGCUGCGGAACCCCAAACCCUGGAGCAAGCUCAAGUCCGGCCGGGAGACGUUCCGCCGCAUGUGGAAGUGGCUGCAGGAGCCCGAGUUCCAGAGGAUGUCCGCGCUGCGCCUCGCAGGGGCAGGGUCCAGGUUUGUAAACAUGAGGUGGCAAAAACAAGAAGGGAAAAGCACACAUAGGGCAUGCAAAAGGAAGGAGCAGGAACACGGGAAGAACGAGCGAGGAAGCGUCUCAAAGAAACCACGACUGGUUUUCACCGACGUCCAGCGUCGGACUUUACAUGCAAUAUUCAAAGAGAACAAGCGGCCGUCCAAAGAGUUACAAAUCACCAUCUCUCAGCAGCUGGGCCUGGAGCUCGCCACCGUCAGCAACUUCUUCAUGAAUGCUCGCAGGCGGAGUCUCGAUAAGUGGCUGGACGACGGAGGCUCCAACUCGGCCAACUCCUCGUCCAGCACUUGUACCAAAGUGUAACAGCUGCAGACUGACCCCAAAAACCCUUCGGUGGAAAAGCUUUAACCUAAAAAAAACUAAGCCAGAGAACUUCUGGACAUCGUUUUUUUUUUUUUGCCCUUAAGACUUGUACAAUACUGAUAUUUAUAAUAUCCAAAGAAAAAAACAACCAAACAACCAAAGACUUCUCCUUCUUCUUCUCCUCAUUCUUCUUCUUCAGCGAGUAUUUAAGACUUUAUUCGUUUAUGUCUGCAAGAAUGAAGUGUUACUGUCGAAUCAUACACCCCAGCUUCCCACGCUCACACCUCUCAUUCUCGCUCCACCUGAUUGGUUGGACUCUUUCUCAUCACUGAUUGAACACUGACUCUUCCUUGGAGUUGUUGUAUCAUUUUAUUUUAUUUUAUUUUAUUAUUUUUUAUUUGUUUGGUUUUAUUUUGCGCGAUUUGAGGUGUGUGACAUCGAACGAGUUUAAGCACUGUGUCCAAACGGAGACGAGCACAGGUGUGAUGAUGAUGUCACUCGUGUGCUUUGAGCUCCGCCCCUUUUCACCCACCUUCCCCUUCUUUCCCCCAUUCCUGAAAAAAUAGUAAAACAAUUCUCCAGGGUUCGAGGAUAAAAACAUGAAGCUGUAGCAUCUUCUCGCGGUUUUCCUCGAAUUCCUCGUAGUGCUUUCUUCCUAACUGUCAGGAAAACUAGGAUGCGUUACAUUCAUCAACCAUUUCACCUUCACGUGUAGCAAUCAAUCAAGUACGGAACCAAAGAAACUUGUGUUAAAGAGAUGCUCCAAAUUUCUACAUUCCAAUCAAAAACAAUUGGUAGAAACUUAAAUCAUCGAGCUGAAAUCAUUCACAUUUUAUCCAAUCGCUUUCUACGCUUUGUGGCGCGAUACGUUCAGGGAAAACUUUACUAGCUUUAAAAUACUUUGCUCAAAGUUUUGAUCAAAAAAAUUAUGAAAAACGCCAGCAGCUAAACACCAAAGAUGAGCCGUCGUCGGGCAGCUUCAGCAGCCGUGCUGUGAAAACGUAAUCAACUAAUCAGAAGCACGUAAGCCCGAAAGGGACGCUACUCCACCCAUGAGUGAUCACGUGACACACAGGGACUGAACACGGACCGCGGACCGUACUGACGCACUGUAUCACAAGAACACAAACGUUUAUGUCUUUAUUCUUUAGCAACAAACUCCAACAAACACACGGCAAAACUUCAGAGCUUAAAGUUUGCUUGAUUUUAACGACAAUCUGGGGCUUAAAAAAUGGUGCAUGAGCUUUAUAUCAUUCCAGAUGGAGGCGUCUGUCUCACAUUUUCUUUUUUCGUUAUUGACAUAACGCUGAAUCAUUAGAAACUCUAUUGAGGCAAAAAGAAGUUUGGCCCAUUUUUUUUGCCCCAGAGUUUGUAUAUGUGUGUUGUUGUUCACAUUAUAUCCACUAGGGGGCAGGGGGCGCUCAUCCCUGACUGGAAGAACUCAUAUAGAAUGUAGAAUUGUUAGCAUCGCUGCAUGUGUCACGAAUCGUCCACCUGUAGGAAUCUACCUCCUUCUAUCAACACAUGCAAGCACACACACACACACACACACACACAAUAAAAUACUGUUAUUUCAGCACCUGACUCGAACCUUCUAAUCCCUGGUUUCUGUUUUUUUUUGGAGUAGCAGAAUAAUUCUAUGCAUUAGCCGCUUGGGGAGAAAGCACUACGAGCUUCAGCAUUCUCCUGGAGGAAGCCACUCCAGCAGUCACGAGAUUCUGGCCUGCUUCUUACUGGUCACUUGUGGUGUGGUGUGGUGUGGUGUGGUGUGGUUAGCUUUACCAAAAAAAACUAGCUUCUCUCUCUAUACUGGGUAAUUAUUUAUGAGUAUUCCAUUUGACGACCUUGUGUAGAAAAGAUAACAAUCUUCAGACCUGCUUGUAUUUUUAGUGCGAACCAAAGAUGCUACCUCACUCAGUUCUCAUUAGUGAUUUCUAUCACGUUAAUGAUACCAAAGAAUACCAAAGAGCUUUUUUUGUUGUUGUUGUUUUCUUUUCCUCUCUUUUGCACGGCCUUCACUGAUGAUGUGGUGGAUAAAAUGGAUGGUGUGAUGAUCGCCCAGCCUACUUUCCUGUUCUUUCCUUUCCCUCUUUCUCUUUCUCUCUCUUUCUCUCUCUUGUUUUCUCUCCUUCAUCCUCUGCAUGCUCUUUUUCAUCCGUGCUCGUGCGACUUUGAUUAAAAACUCACAGGACGAGUGCCUUGCUUGAACCCAAGUGUUAAACCGUCGUUAACCUCUCUCUCUCUCUCUCUCUCUCUCUCUCUCUCUCUCUCUCUCUCUCUCUCUCUCUCCCCUCCUCUCUGUCUGUCUUCUCGUACUCUUAAAAUACCUCAGCCUCUAGAAAGGCCACUGAUGAAGAUGAACAGAGUCUCUCUCUCUCUCUCUCUCUCUCUCUCUCUCUCUCUCUCUCUCACUGUGGUGCUUUUCACCAGUGCAGCCAUGCAACAAAAACAUACCUUCUCCCUCUCUCCAACUCUUUUGCUGAUGAACCAAAGCUCCUCCUCUUUCCCUUAUUAAGUCCUUCCCUGACACUAAUCAACCACUAGCCCCGCCCCCUUUUGCUGGUAGGCGUGUCCACCAUAUCGGGCCGUGUACGUGUUUUUACCAAAUGUCUCAGAAUACCUCAUUCUAAUAAAAGCUUACAGUUGUGUUGUAUAGAGAAUUUAUGUGUUUGAGGCAGAAACUCGAUUAUUUUGCGAACUUGUUCAUUCGUAAAAAAAAAAAAUAUCUUUAUUUAUUUUUGACGUUCGGCUUAAAAAGUGCUGUGUUCUUUCGCUCACUGAGGGCAAGUUUCAGUACUUGCAGGAAGGAAAACAGAAAGGUAUUUUUUGAUUAAAAGUUGUGUUAUGCUAUGUGCAGUUACGAUGAUGAUGAUGAUGAUGAUGAUGAUGAUGAUGAAGGCUAUUCUUUUUUACAGGGUAAAAAAAAAACAACUGCUGUGACGCCGUGUUUAUAUGUUUAUAUAUUUUACUCUUUUCUUAGUUGUGUGAUUUUGUUUUGUUUCUUUUUGUACCACUUUGAGUCUCUUUUAAUUUAAGUAUUUGUAGAAAAUAUAGAUUUGUACAUAGUAGGGUUUUUGAGAAAAAAAAGAAAACAAACGAAACAAAAGAAGAAAAACGAGGGUUUGUUUUUCUGUUCUGAGGGAACAGUGGACAUGCGAUCUGUGUCUCGGCUGGUACACGGUACUGCAAUCAAAACACUGCCAGAAACACAUCUCCAUCACACACACACACACACAUACACACACAUACACACACAUACACACACACAUACACACACAUACACACACACAUACACAUACACAUACACA